GGAGAAUAUUGUUGAAGUUUCAAGAAGCAGAUAUACAUAACAUUUUAGGUGAGUGCAUUAAACAGUCUUCAGUAGGGAUAUCAGACACUGGUACAUUCUCUUUGUAGGCAUGGUAAGUGUUUUACAGAUCACAUUUACAAUCACUGUAAGUGCUGAAUUCAUAAUUGGAGAUACAGAGAAUGGACUCAUAGUAUUUGUGAACUGCACUGCCUGUGUCAGGAGAAGAAAGAUCUCCUCAGCUGAUCAAAUCCUCACUUCUUUGGCAAUCUCCAGGACUGGUCAUCUCUGGCUAAUAUUCAUAAAUUGAUAUGUAUCUGUGUUUUAUAUGGUUUUUUCUUUCGGUGGAGAAUAUUUAAGAAUCACUUAUAAUGCCUGGAUAAUAAGCAAUCAUUUUACCAUCUGGUUUGCUACAACCCUCAACAUCUUUUAUUUUCUCAAGAUAGCCAGUUUUUCUAACUCUAUUUUUCUCUACCUAAAGUGGAGAGUUAAGAAGGUUGUUUCAUUGACAUUGCUAAUGGCCUUGGUCUUCUUGUUUUUUAAUAUUGCACUGAUAAAUACACAUGUUAAUGUCUGGAUUACUGGGUAUGAAAGAAACAUGACUUACAGCUCCAGGAGAAGUAACUUUACACAAUUUUCCCAUCUUCCUAUUUUGGCUACCACUAUAUUCACCUCUACAUCUUUUACUGUGUCCCUGACAAAGUUUCUCUUCUCCCUGUGGAAACACUGCAAGAGGUCGGUGCUCCAUGGCAAAGCACUCAGAGAUCGCAGCACCGAGGCCCACAGAAGAGCCGUGCAAACUCCCAUCUCCUUCCUUUCACUGCGUGCCUUUUUUUUUUUCUGUCUUUUUUUCAUAGCUACUUGGAACUUUGAUUUGCAGGAGAAAAGUGUGAUUAUUAUGUUUUGUCAGGCUAUUGGAAUUUUGUAUUUGUCGGGUCACUCAUUUAUAUUGAUUCUGGGAAACAGUAAGCUAAGACAAGCCUCUCUUUCAGUGCUGUAGCAGCUGAGGUGCAAGUUCAAAGACCAGGAACCGUCAGCUCUGUAA